UAACAAAUAAAAUGUAGUUUUAUGGGAGUUUAUAUAUUCAAUGGGAGAAUAUUAAUCGGUGUUUUUAAAUGUUUGUAUAGUUUCCUACCGGACAUAAUUGUCUGCUACGCCCCCGAUAUUUUGUCCUCAUUCAUCCUGGGUCAUCGAAAUACAGCAGACGAAGGUGUACAGUCCUGAUCCUCGCCAUGGAGCUGGCUCACAGUCUGCUGCUCAAUGAGGAUGCUUUGGCUCAGAUCACUGAAGCAAAGAGACCAGUCUUCAUCUUUGAAUGGCUUCGCUUCCUGGAUAAAGUGCUUGUUGCAGCAAAUAAGGUGGACGUGAAGGAGAAGCAGAAAAAGCUGGUGGAACAGUUAACAGGACUGAUUAGCAGCGCUCCUGGACCACCAACCAGAAAACUGCUGGCUAAAAACCUUGCUACUCUCUACAGCAUUGGUGAUACCUUCACCGUUUUCCAGACCCUGGAUAAAUGCAAUGAAAUCAUCAAAAGCAAGGAUGACACACCCACAUACUUACCAACAAAACUUGCUGCUGUCGCCUGUGUUGGAGCAUUUUAUGAAAAGAUGGGCCGGAUGUUGGGAAGCUCCUUUCCAGACACCAUCAACAAUCUCCUAAAAGCACUAAAGAGUGCAGAGUCACAAGGCAGAGGAGAGAUUCUGCUCAGCCUGCAGAAGGUGCUGAGUGGGCUUGGUGGCGCUGCAGCUUCAUGUCACAGAGAUAUCUACAAGAAUGCCCGCUCCCUGCUCACAGACAGAUCCAUGGCUGUACGCUGCGCCGUUGCAAAGUGUCUGCUGGAGCUGCAGAAUGAGGCAGUGUUUAUGUGGACAACAGAAUUGGAGAACGUGGCAACUUUAUGUUUUAAAUCCUUGGAAGGAUCUAACUAUGGGGUCCGAGUGGCGGUUGCCAGACUGCUGGGUACAGUCAUGGCCACAGCCCUCAUGCCCAAACAAGCUGCAGUGAUGCGACAGAAUGUGAAACGGGCUACGCUGGAUGAGGUGCUAGAGCUGAUGGCGACGGGUUUCCUGCGUGGUGGAUCUGGCUUCCUGAAGAGUGGAGGGGAGAUGCUAAAGGGUGGAGCUUCUGUUAGCAGGGAGGUGCGAGUGGGUGUCACACAGGCUUAUGUUGUGUUUGUGACCACACUGGGGGGUCAGUGGCUGGAGCGUAAUUUCGCCACGUUUCUGUCCCACGUCCUGGACCUUGUGUCUCACCCCCGGGCCACACAAACUCACGUGGAGGCUGUGUACUCGCGCCGCUGUGUGUCCUUCAUGCUGCGUGCCACACUGGGGGGCUUACUAGGGGAAAAAGCCCAGAUUGCGGCCGGCAAAGAAAUCUGCCAAGCCAUCAGCAAACAAAUGAGGGCUGUGGGUAAGGAGGAUGGGGGGGAAAUAUCACGGUUCAGAGCAAUACAGAAGGCCGUUGUAAACGACAUGAGUGGUGAGAAUAAGGCGGGAGCAGCUGACGUCUCUGCUAGUCAGCAUGUCAUGGUGUGCGCCCUGAAAGAGCUGGGCAGUUUGGUUCAGAGCCUGAGCGCCACGGCUUCCCCGCUCAUCCAAGAGCCUUCCAUCGGACUUCUUGAAACAGUGACCUCAGUGCUUCUACACCCAAGCAUGGCCGCACGUCUGGCGGCCGCAUGGUGCCUGCGCUGUGUGGCCGUGGCUCUGCCGUAUCAGCUGUCUCCGCUGCUGGACCGCUGCGCUGAGAGAAUAAACAACCUGAAGAGUUCUCCUGAGGCCGUGAGUGGCUACAGCUUUGCAAUGGCAGCUCUGCUAGGAGGAGUCCACCAGUGUCCACUUGGUAUCCCUCACUCCAAGGGAAAGCUGGUUGUGAGCAUAGCUGAGGAUCUUCUUCGUACAGCGGCUCAGAAUAGCCGACUGUCCCUGCAGCGCACACAGGCUGGAUGGCUGCUGCUUGGGGCCCUCAUGACUUUAGGUUCCUCACUGGUCCGCUACCAUCUGCCCAAAAUGCUGCUGCUGUGGAGGAACGUGUUUCCACGCUCCCAGAAGGAGCUGGAGGCCGAAAAGGCCAGAGGAGACUCCUUCACCUGGCAGGUCACCCUGGAGGGCCGAGCCGGAGCCCUGUGUGCCAUGCGUAGCUUUGUGGCGCACUGUCCUGAGCUUCUCACUGAAGAUGUAAUCCGUAGACUCAUGACUCCCAUUGAAUGUGCAAUGACCAUGAUGUCACAGGUCCCUGCUAUUAUUAAAGUCCACGGAGCUCACCUAAAAGCAAGCGCUGCGAUGGUGAGGCUAAGGUUGUACGACAUCCUGGCCCUGUUGCCUCCUAAGACAUAUGAAGGAAGCUUUAACGCGCUCCUGAGGGAACUGGUGGCAGAGUUCACUUUGACCGACAACUCCGCCAACACCACCACCUCUCUGUUGCGCUCUCUGUGCCACUAUGAUGACAGCGUGCUGAUGGGAUCCUGGCUGCAAGAAACUGACCACAAGUGCAUUGAGGAUCAGCUACAGCCCAACAGCGCUUCUGGCAGCGGCGCUCUGGAACACGACCCUUCGUCAAUCUACCUGCGUGUCCCCGUGGGCGAGGCCAUCCCAGGGCCUCUUCCUCUGGGCGUGUCGGUUAUCGAUGCUUCUGUUGCUCUGUUCGGGGUGGUUUUCCCCCAUGUUUCCUUCAAACACAGGCUACAGAUGUUAGAUCACUUUGCAGAGUGUAUAAAGCAAGCCAAAGGAGUUCGACAGCAGGCGGUCCAGCUGAACAUAUUUACUGCAGUGCUGAGUGCCCUCAAGGGUUUGGCGGAGAACAAGAGCACUUUGGGUCCAGAGGAGGUGCGCAAGUCGGCCCUGGCCUUAGUGAUGGGAGCUCUGGACAACCCUAAUCCCAUUUUGCGCUGUGCUGCUGGGGAGGCCUUGGGUAGGAUGGCUCAGGUGGUGGGAGAGGCCACUUUCAUCGGCAGAAUGGCACAAACUAGCUUUGAUAAGCUGAAGUCGGCUCGGGACGUAGUUUCAAGGACAGGCCAUUCAUUGGCACUCGGCUGCCUCCAUCGAUACGUGGGAGGGAUCGGCUCUGGUCAGCACCUCAAGACCAGCGUCAGCAUCCUGUUGGCCCUCGCUCAGGAUGGAUCUUCUCAUGAAGUUCAGACCUGGGCUCUUCACUCUCUGGCUCUGAUUGUGGAUUCAAGCGGCCCCAUGUACCGAGGUUAUGUGGAGCCUACGCUCUCCCUGGUGCUCACUUUGCUCCUAACCGUGCCGCCAUCUCACACAGAGGUUCACCAGUGUUUGGGCCGCUGCCUGGGAGCUCUUAUUACCACAGUUGGACCAGAACUUCAGGGAAAUGGAGCAACUAUUUCCACCAUCCGCUCAUCCUGUCUGGUCGGUUGCGCCAUAAUGCAGGACCACUCUGACUCCCUGGUCCAGGCAGCUGCCAUCUCCUGUUUGCAGCAGCUGCACAUGUUUGCUCCUCGACAUGUGAACCUGUCCAGCCUGGUGCCCUGUCUCUGUGUUCACUUGUGCAGUUCUCACUUAUUGCUGCGUCGUGCCGCUGUAGCGUGCCUUAGACAGCUCGCCCAGAGGGAGGCGGCGGAGGUCUGUGAGUAUGCCAUGAGUCUGGCAAAGAAGGCAGGAGACGGCAAAGACAACUCAGCAAUCAAACUAAACAUAACAGAAACUGGUUUGGAAGGCGUUCUGUUCGGCAUGCUCGACCGGGAGACCGACAGGAAGUUGUGUUCAGACAUCCAUGAUACUCUGGGUCACAUGCUGUCAUCUCUUGCUGUGGAAAAGCUGUCUCAUUGGCUCAAACUCUGCAAAGACGUCCUCGCAGCAACAACAGACGUGGGGGGAGCCGUGACAUUUGAGAUGGAGAAGGAUGAGGAGGACUCAGAGAAAAAAGAUGAAAUGGACGACGACACCAUGUUCACAGGCCUGGGAGACGAUGACAAGUCCAAGCCCUCUGUGGCGCCUCGCUGGGUGACCCGGGUGUUUGCUGCAGACUGCUUGUGCCGCAUCAUCCUGUUAUGUGAGAACGCAAACAAGGCGCACUUUGACCUGGCAACUGCACGCUCUGCACAAGCAAAGAAACCCAAAGAUCUGUUGGUGCUCCAUUUGUCUGACCUGAUCCGUAUGGCCUUUAUGGCGGCUACAGACCACAGUAACCAGCUGAGGAUGGCUGGUCUGCAGGCCCUGGAGGACAUAAUUAAAAAGUUUGCAUCUGUACCAGAGCCUGAGUUCCCAGGGCACGUUAUAUUGGAGCAAUACCAGGCUAAUGUUGGAGCUGCCCUCAGACCUGCAUUUUCUCCUGAUACACCAUCUGAUAUCACAGCUAAGGCAUGCCAGGUGUGUAGUACUUGGAUUGGUAGUGGCGUAGUCAGCGACCUCAACGACCUGCGGAGAGUCCACAACCUGUUGGUUUCAUCUCUAGACAAGGUGCAGUCUGGGAGGAGCUCCUCCAGUCAGCUGUACAGUGAGAGCGCCACCACCAUGGAGAAACUGGCAGUGCUAAAAGCCUGGGCUGAGGUUUACGUGGUGGCGAUGAAAAUCAAGAAGGAGGCAGAGGCUAAACCUGCCAAACCAGUUGGAAGAGGAGAUGAAGAUGAGGAUGAGGAUGAUUUGGGUGCAGAUGUGCUUCCUCCAGACAGCUUGAUCACCUUAGUGCAGCCAGAGCUGCCGUCUCUGAGCAGACUGUGGCUGGCCAUGCUGCGGGACUACGCUCUGCUCACUCUGCCUGCUGAGUUCUCCAGUCAGCUGCCUCCUGAUGGUGGAGCAUUUUAUACCCCAGAGACGAUAGAUACCGCAAGACUCCACUACCGUAGCUCAUGGGCCCCUGUGCUGCACGCUGUGGCCCUCUGGUUGAACAUCACAGGCUUUGGAGCUCAUGAUAAUCAAGAGGAUGUCUCAUCAACUCCCACCAAAGGUCCAGGCGCUCCUCAAGGAGGCUCUUCUGUGAGCAAACCUUCGGAGGAGUCGGUCAAAGACAGAAUGCAUCUUAUGCUUGGUGUCAGCAUAGAGUUUCUGUGCUUCCCCCGACCUGAAGAGCCCAUAGAACACGUGAUGUCCUGCCUGCAGGCUCUGUCCACUCUGCUAGAAACCCCUUCUGCUAAGAUGCAUAUGGCAGAAGACCAGCUACUAGCAGUGGAGCUCCUGAAUGUGCUCCAUAGGCUACUGCUGACAAGGGAUCCACCUGGAGUCCAGCUUCAGGUCACCGCUGUUGUCCAGGAGAUCAUCAGAGCUGCACAAGAUCAUCUGCAGCAGCGAAGGGACACCAGAGGGAAAGAAGAGGAAGGUGAGAAAGAUUCUCCAACCAGCCUGGGAGAAGGCGGGGACACAGGGGAGCUCUUACCUGGAAAGUCGCUUGUUUACGCCGCCAUGGAGCUGCUAGUGUUCAUUCUGGUGCGCCACCUACCGCAGCUUAAUUCUCGGGUGAAGGAGUCCCCCAGUCAUGCUCCUCUGAGACCUCAGAGACUGCCGGAUGAAAGCGCUCGCCUGGUGGCAAACACAGUCUCUAUCCUGGCCGAGCUGCCUUCGCUGUGCUCUCCUGCUGGAGCAACAACCAUUCUUCCUACAGUGCUUUUCCUAAUCACUGGGGUAUUGAAGGAAACUGCAAUUAAAGCUGCUGACAACUCUGUGCCUGUUCCUGUAGCAGCUGCUCUGCAGAGCAUUAAGACCAUCAUCACCUCACCCCUGGCCCGACAGGAGAGCAUCCAGACCCAGUGGACCACCCUGGUUAGGAGCAGCCUUGCAUCAGUGCUGGAGUACUCGCAGCCAGAUGAGUCCAGACCUGACAUGGAUGAGGUCAGUAUGUUGACAGCAAUAACUCUCUUCCUGCUGUCAGCCAGUAGUGAGCUUGUAGGAGUGAUCGUCCUGCAGAACGGCUGCAUGGAUCGCUUCCGAAACGCCCUCAACUCUAGUGAUCCCUGGGUUCAAGCUCGGUGUUACCAGCUGCUUCUGUCAGUGUUUCAACACUCCAACCGAGCCUUGUCCACUCCUUACAUCCACGCCCUCGCUCCACUCAUGGUGGAGAAGCUAAAGGCGGUGGAACGCAGCCGACCGGGAACUGCUGCUGAGCUGCAGGCCGUACAGGAGGGCAUCAGGGUCCUAGAGAAUCUGGUCGGAAUGGGGGAGGAAAAAAACAGAGUGCAGCUGUUGGCUCUUCUCGUUCCAACCCUCAUCUCCUACCUUUUGGAUGAGAAUGCCAUCUCCUCCGCUCCCCCAGUCUCUAAAAACCUGCACGAUUUUGCCCUUCAGAACUUGAUGCGAAUCGGCCCACUGUAUCCAGCUGCCUUCAAGACAGUAAUCGGGGCAGCACCAGAGCUUAAAACGCGUCUUGAGUCCGCUAUACGAGCUAACCAGGCCAGCAACAAAGCCAAGGCAGCAGCCAAGCAAAAUCAGCCAACUGUGCAGGCUGCGCCUACGAUUAAACUCAAGACCAGCUUCUUCUGAGCACCUCAACAUGUACUGCACUCUCUCAAAACACUUUAUGCUGUGUUGGCGUUUUUUUUUUUUUUCCUGAUGGCCAUUUACUCCUUACCAUAUUUGUUAUUCAUCUCUGUUGUAAAAUGUAUAUAUUUAUUCUUCAUCUCAUCUUUGUUUUAAACUAUUCUAAAAGUCUAAAUGGUCGUUUGUAAACAGCAUUAAAUAACCUUUUGAUCACUUUAGAAAGCCUGCUUUAACAUCUCAAUAAUUUAUUUGAUGAAUGUAUCACAUGCAGGCUUAACUUUUGUUCCCUAUAAGUGACGAAUACCAUUUAACCUUAACUCCAGACUGAGGUUUAGCCAUGUUUUUCAUCUGAUUUUCACCACCAUUAUGGAGGUUACUUUGUCUCACAAAGUAUAAUUCUGUGUAUUUGUUAAAUAGUUCUUGCAGUAUCUGAACCUUCAGUUCUGCCACGUUUAUUUAGUUUUAAUUAAUAUUUUUGCUGUGAAUUAUGUCUUAACAUUCCUCCUAAAAGCGAUGGAACAAAAUUAAAAAGUGGAGCCAGCUUUGAGAUUGUGUUGAAAUGUUUUUCUUUUGCUAAUGAAAGGCGUAGGGUAUAUUUUGAAAUUUAAUGAUUGUGCUUCAGAUUACAUUAACUGUUUUUCCCCAUGAAGGAAUGGCAACCCUCACUUGUAUUCACUGCUAAUAAUUAUGUAAACAUUAAUUGUUUAAACAAUUUAAGAAUUUUGGGGGAGUUUGAAUAAAUUUUCUUUGACUCA